CUCACUCGGACUGCAUGCGACCACAGAAUGAAUCGCUGAAACCACAAUCUCUCCUCUCGACAUAAACAUUCUCACUUUUCUUUGAGGCCGCCGACAAACAAUCAUGCCGGCAUACCACUCCAUAUUCCUGGGUGACCAGGGCGUUCAGACGAUAGGCAACUUUCCUCUCCUCCCUUUACGCACGAAAACCCGUGGUCCCGCCUAUACCCUACCUCAACUCCCAGCCAACACCAACCCACUCGAUGUCGACCCGGACUCCGAAUCGUACGACUGCCUCGACGAAGUCCUCUCUCUGUUCCGAGCGAACACAUUCUUCCGCAACUUUGAAAUCAAAGGUCCCGCAGACCGCAUGCUCAUUUACGGCAUCCUCUUUGUCUCCGACUGCCUCACCAAAGUCAAACCGACCAUGGACUCACGCAGCGCCGAGAAGGCCUUGAUCAACGGCGCGCUCGAGCAGUUUAGUAUCCCUGGCGAACCCGGGUUCCCGCUGAAUCAGGCAUUCGAGGCGCCGAGGGACAGAACAGAGGCGGAAACGCUGAGAAGUUAUUUGAGUCAAGUAAGACAAGAAUUGGCGAGUAGAUUACAUGCGAGAUUGUACGAUGGUGGAGCGACGGUGCCGAGUAAAUGGUGGCUGAGCUUUACAAAGAGGAAAUUCAUGGGCAAGAGCUUAUAAUCUGUACGGCAACGGGAUGAGUGAGAUAGAGUGGGAGCUCGAGGGGGACGAAUGAAGUUAUGAACUGCGAAAGCAAAUGCACGAGGCUCAAGGAGAAAAAUGAAGAUGUCCAAGGCGGUCGUGUCCAAUUCGAUGGUCUGGUGUUGACACCGUCUAAAUCUCUGUCUUCAUUUCCACGUCUGAUUCCUGUUUCGAGGAGUCCACAGAAGCUUCUACCGUUACAGGAAGGUCGCUCGACGGCUCCGUCUUUUGCUUCUUGAGCGGCGAAUGGGGAGGAGCAUCCUCGAGCGAAGCUGGAGUUCCAGGAGUCUCGGCCUUCGCUUUCUUCCCUCGUGGUGGCCGUCCUCUAGCCUCGACUCUCCCUUCAGCCGGAAGCACUCUUGUAGCUGAGAAGAUGUAUCCCUCUGCUCCGCCUCGUCCGGUCAUGAGCGGAUGUGUUCGGCCAGGCAGAACUUGCCAUUGUCUCACUCGUGCCGUUUGUACCGUUGGCGUCAGUAGCAGUGUUGGGUCGAGCGGGAAAUCCUUGGACGGCACCUGCCUCUGAUCUUC